AUGGUGGAAGAAGAAAAGCAGUUUAUCUUAGACUCACAUGAAGAAGAAGGCCUAAAACUUAUUGAUUCCGAUGUAGUUAAGACCCUUGACUCAAGCAAAGGUAAUAAAACUUCAGCUCACAAGCUUUGUUUGAAUUUUUAUGCAAAUAUCAUCGGAACUCAAACAACAAAGUUCGAGCUUGAAAUAAUGGAUGAUACAGACAUAUUCUAUCAUUACAUUUUCAAAUUGUCAAUGGAUGAAUAUCCUAAUUAUAUGCAAAAUAACGAUUUAAGCGUUAACGAUUACCAGCGUUUUGUUGAAAUUGUUCGCCAAUACAUCAAAGAGUCUCAAGCAGGAUCAGAAACAUCUAAAAUGAUCGUUAAUCACGAUCCUGAAAGAGAUGUUUUAAUAAUGUCCAUACAACAGAAAAGAAAAUUCAAUUUUGCCGAAGUUAUUCGUUUCGAACUUGUAAAGCCACCAAAAAGCUUCACAAAGAGGUGUGCUCAAGCUCGUUAUAACAUAAUGCGCAAAGAACUCACCAAUGUCUCUAAUACUCUUGAGAAUACACGUGAAAACGUCAAAGCUCGUAGUGUUUCACUCAGACGCAUUCUUGAUGCAAAGAUUGCCAAGGAUAAAGGUAAUAAGUAA